AUGACAUCACGCAUGCAAUACGAGAAAUUGCCACCGGAGCCAUCGAGCGAAGCCCCAAAGGAACUUCCAAAUCAGUCUGAUGCAAGUCCACUUGCCCCACCCCCACAGAGCCAAGAACCACAACCACAAGUUUUUCUUCCUCCAUUAGUUCAAAAGCCAGUAGUUUUUUAUGCUGCCGAUGAGGAGUAUGAGACAAAGCCUGACAAUACUUUUCAGUCUCCAUCCUUUGUCUUGUUUGCUGUCGGCUUUUUUAUCCCAUGUGUGUGGUUCUACCUCAUUUACAAGUAUCACAACUCUCCACUUAAGAAUGACAAAAGAUGGGUCUUUUGGUCGAUCAUUGCCCUUGUUGUUGUCUUUGUGUUUUAUUGCAUACUUACCACUAUUAUAGUGUUGGCAUAA